AUGUCGGCUGCCGAGUCGUCUGUAGCCCCGGCGGCUUCGGCCUCCACAGCUUCUACAGCCUCUAUGCCGGCCCCGAGUCGGGGUGAGUCGAUUGAAGAGAAGUGCCUUUUGGCGAGUCUCAUCACUAUCGAGUGCCACUUCACGGGCCGACCUGUCCUUGGACCCAAAUCUACCUGCCAAGCCAUUACAUUACUCUCAAAAUCCUUAGCCAAAACGCAAGACGAGGAUGUCAGAACCCGCAAGUUUGGUCCCAAUGUCGAGAUCUGGGUGUAUCUAAGGAAGAUCUUCCAGUCCGCCAUACCCAGUCUUGCGAACCGCGCCCUCGGCCCGCUAGAAGGACCCGAUGUUGCAGCUUCGUACCCUCAGAGCGCAAAUUUGAUAGUGAAGAAUUUCGCCACCAUCAAGGAAGAUGUCCAAAUCUUGGACAUCCUCAUGCAGAUUGCCAGAAACGUCCUCGUCAGUGACUCGCGUCCAGUCCCACAGGAUCUCUGCGCCGCUUCGCGCUUCGACAAGAUGGCCUACAAAACCAUUGUCCUGUGCGCGUACGUGACAAACAACAGCAAGGCGCCCGGAAGCGAAGACACUACAGCCGAAUCGUUUGAAAAGGUGUUGGAAAUCCACGAUCUAUUCAAACGACUCUUGGUUACCACCCUCCAACAAACACAUAAUUGGGUGGUCGGGCACUCCUGGAACAAAAACCAGCUCUUCCUAGAUGUACUCUUCGACGAAGCUGAAACGGAUCCGGUUCCCGAAUCGGAAUCGCUUUCUAAGCCUCGAUGGACUGAUCCCGAUACGGAGGUUGCCCGCGUUGAGGUUCAAAACUGGCUAGCCCGCAACUCCAAGCUCGAUCCCUCUGCCACGGUCCUCUUGAAGGACUACAUGGAUCAUCAUAGCAACAAACCUCCGGGACCACUCGAACCAAUGUCGCCUCUCGCCUGGAACUGGGCACCCCAUGGGCCUAUCGAACCACCUACGCCGGACGAGACCACCACCCCGUUCUGGGAUCCCAACAUCAGCAACAAGUGGGACCAAGACCGUCUGUACCUCCGAACCUCGCAUGAGAUUGACUCCUGGUGGACGACUGUAGUUGGUGCGAAUUUCGAAGACAUUGCUGCGGUGCAGACAGUGGCAGACGCGAAAGAGGAGAUGCUCGCUGCUCGAAAGGUUCUUCUUCAGCGGUGGGUUGACGAUGAUGUGUCUAGCGAAAAGGAUUCUUCGAGUCCAACUUCCUACGCCUCCCGAUUCCACCAUGAUGAUGACGCCAUGACCUCGGGUAUUCUUACCGAAAUCCCUAACAUCCUGGACCCCCGGCAGAUAGAAGCGCUCUAUAUGAUUAUCAAGACUUGCAUUCUCGAUAGUCAUGGCGAUGGCCUCACACCGUGUGGAGAGAACCUUCAAAAGACUCGGUGUAAGAUGUUCCUAGCUCUCAACUCUGGCCGCAGCCUCUUCAAGGAGAUGCUCGUUUACGUCGGGAUAUGGGUGCUCGACGAUACCGCACUCGUAUAUCAGGUUAUGAGAGAUAUAGUCCUUGCCUUGCACCAUAACUCGCUCAUCCCGGCCGCGUGGAACAGGGUCAGCUCCUUCAAAAGCUUUGUCCUAUCCCCAGCCCAAUCUGUUCUCCUCCGUUUGGUUGGCGACAUCUUCUGCACCACCACUUCCAACAUGGCGGAUGUUACCCAGCAGGAAAAGACCCGGCUUUUAAGCUGA